CGGCAUAGAGCAGAUGGACGUGUGAUGGUAGCGAAGAUUGGCAAACAACAACGACUUAGAAAUGACCAACACAAGCUGAUUCAAGAACUGGAGCUUCUCAAUAAACUACAACACCCUAAUGUAGUCAGGUAUAUGGGAGCCUGUGUGAAGGACGGUCACAUUCACCCCGUGCUUGAGUAUAUAUCCGGUGGGUGUUUGGCGGACUUAUUGGCUGAUGAGACCAUAGCGUUGUCAUGGAAACAGAAGGGUUUCCUAGCAACAGGUAUCGCUGACGGGAUGGCCUACCUGCAUUCACAGAACGUGUGUCACAGGGAUCUCACGUCCGCGAAUUGCCUUGUUCGGGAAAGACCGAACAAUAUCCACGAGGCAGUAGUCACGGACUUCGGACUGGCUCGUGUUCUCGGCCGCAUGCCCGACCCUCCCCCGAACACUCCCCGAACUCCAGAUUCGCCAGAACUUGAGGUCAUCGAUGCACCGAACCCUCGUUCGUUGUUGCCUCGGCUACCGUCGGCUUGUGUGGACGUACCUCGGAAGAUGUCGGUAGUCGGUAGCGCGUUCUGGAUGGCUCCCGAAGUUUUACGAGGAGAGGAGUAUACUCGGCAGGUUGAUGUCUUCUCGUUUGGUAUUGUGGUAUGCGAGAUUGUAGCGAGAACGACGGCAAAUCCUGAAGAUCUCCCGAGGACAGGGAAGUUUGGUCUUGACAUGGAACUCUUCAAAGAGAAAUGUCCAGGGAUACCUGACCCGUUUCUUGAGAUCGGUGAAGACUGUUGUUCUAUGGACCCCCGGGAACGACCGGUUUUCGCCGAGCUCGUCCGCCGUUUCGAGGUCAUCCUUGGAACAUUAGACGAAGAAACCACCACCGCAAACUGCUACAAUGUCAACAUCACCGACAUCAUCAGGACAAACGAUUCAGACAAUGAUGACGACGAUGAAUGUAAGAUUGGGUUUCAGUUUCAGAGCAAUCUUUCAUGGAUGAGAAAUGCAGGAGUGGAUGAAGAAGAUGAUGCGAGUUCCUUUUUGGAUGAUCUCCAGGAAUGUGAUUCUGUGGAAGGACAGUAUUUCAGCAUUACAACUGAGUUCUUCGCUUGUUUGGUGCCAAUACUUUCACUGUGGAUUUACCUUGAUUUGAACGAUGCCCUUCUAUGGAUUUCAUUGACAUACGGAAGCAUUGGGCUGGUCUUGGAGAGCUCGACAAGAUGCGUGGAAGUGCUGGACUCUUCUUUAAUAAUCUUCAGGACUUUGUUCAAUCUCAUUUUCUCGUUAUUUUCCAAGUUAUGGAAUGUCAUCGCGCUGGUGUUCCAAAAUGUGCAUUGCACGGGACUCGCAGGUUCUGACCUAAACGAAAACGUGACAUUCAUAAAUCAAAAUGGCGGUCCGUCUAAAUCUGCGCAAAAUGGUUUUACAGCCAAGGAUCUGAGGAAUGGACCCAUCCAGGCUGCGGAUCUGGUCCCAAUCUUAAAGAAUCAUCAGAAGUGUCUUGGACCCGUCGGGGAAUCAGGGUCACAGAGUCAGAGGAAAUCAGUUGAAAACGAAGUGGAAGGAACAGAACUACAUAAUUCAAAAGUUAAGAGGGUGACGAAAAGUGGAAGCAUGACACAAAAGCGUGUGAGCUUUUCAUUACAAGACAGUGUUGACGUGGAUGAAAGCGGCACGUAGACCAUGAAACCAAACAAAACCUUAGAAUCUGUAACUCAUUUAUAUACUGACAGCCAAGACAUUUAACAGAUAUAAUAUUGGCAACGAAAAAUAAAUUCUAUCUACGAUAUAAACAAGAUUAGUGUUCAAAUGAAAAACACUCUCACCUUUGCCUUGCUUGAAAAAAUGUAAAUCUUUUGUUACUUUACUUUACUUCAUGAUUUAACCCUAAAAAGGCUGGGGUAUUUAUCGGAUAUUAUCUUUGCAGCAUUCUGGAUUGGUUUCCGUCAUGAAAAAAAUUGUAAAAACCAACAUUAUCUUUAUAUAUUUCUUUGGUUCUCGAUUCAAAUGGAGUCACAAUGCUUAUGGGCCCAUUUCAAAUUCUGUAUCAAAGGGUGGGUCCAGGAGAAUAUUUUUCGGGGGUGAACUUAAACCCAAACAUUUUGUAGCAUUAUUGGUACCUUGGUUGCAGGAUACUUCGGUAAAAAUAUCAUACGAAUUUAUAUCUCUCACGAUGAGCAAAUCAGAAUGAUGUUGUGUAAAGUCGAAGGUGGGAUACCAAUUCGGGUCCUUUUAGGGUUAC